AUGGUGGCAACGACGCCGGCAACUGCACCGGCAACAACGCCGGCACCUGUACCGGCAACCGCGUCUGCAGCGGUCCUUCAAUCCGCACCUCGUGGUGGCACUCGACCACCACCAACACCAUCACGCACCACGGAGACCCUAAGGUGCCCCAUCUGUCGGCGCCCACAUCGCCUGCACCAUUGUGGCAUAUUUAGGGGUAUGCGACCCGUGCAACGGCAGCAAGUUGUCCAGGCCCAUGGGCAUUGCCAUAACUGCCUGUCACAUACUCAUGGGACAGUCACAAGGGCUGUGCCAAAUAUGCCACAGGCCGCAUCACACGCUGCUACAUCGCAGCGCGGCACGCUAAGUGAAUCGGCCACCCAUCCAGCGCGGCCGUAUACCCCGCUUCCCAUCCGCAGCUCGUGGCGGGCCCCAGCGAAGCGGAACCUCGUUGCGGCGUCGGCAGGCGGGACCAUCACCUCGACGGUCUACGGGGCUGAGCAGCGUUGUGGCAACAUUCGUUUAGGGGGGCCUAUCACCAUGGAUGUAGAUACACCAGUCGCAACCACGCCAACAGCUCGGGCUACCAAUGCGCCACGUACCGUGCCUACUCCAGCGCCCCGAACUAUGGUGGCAACGACGCCGGCAACUGCACCGGCAACAACGCCGGCACCUGUACCGGCAACCGCGUCUGCAGCGGUCCUUCAAUCCGCACCUCGUGGUGGCACUCGACCACCACCAACACCAUCACGCACCACGGAGGCCCUAAGGUGCCCCAUCUGUCGGCGCCCACAUGGCCUGCACCAUUGUGGCAUAUUUAGGGGUAUGCGACCCGUGCAACGGCAGCAAGUUGUCCAGGCCCAUGGGCAUUGCCAUAACUGCCUGUCACAUACUCAUGGGACAGUCACAAGGGCUGUGCCAAAUAUGCCACAGGCCGCAUCACACGCUGCUACAUCGCAGCGCGGCACGCUAAGUGAAUCGGCCACCCAUCCAGCGCGGCCGUAUACCCCGCUUCCCAUCCGCAGCUCGUGGCGGGCCCCAGCGAAGCGGAACCUCGUUGCGGCGUCGGCAGGCGGGACCAUCACCUCGACGGUCUACGGGGCUGAGCAGCGUUGUGGCAACGCUGCAACAGCUGCAGCGCCUUUUAGCUAA